GUUGGGAGUAACUGUGUAUAUUUCGGUGUUCGAGUUUGAAGUACAAAAAAUUCAAUAGAUGAACACCAGCUUAUCAUAACUUGAACUUCCGCACUGUAAUCAAAUUAGGCGUUACACAAAACUGGCUGUUGAGACUUGCAAUUCUUUUCUGUAUUUAUCGACGAAAGUAACAGUUUUCGAGCCUUUUGGCACACUUAAUAGUGUCUACUUUGAUGAUGCUCGGAAACACAUAUUUACACUCAGGAGUCGUGGUACGAUGGGUGUCAAUGUGAAAUCUGUUGUAGAUGAUUUGGUUUUGAAUUUUCGCAUAGAUGAUCAAGGCGAUGUUCUAAGCAUUAAAUUUUCUGAGGAUACCAAAAUUUUAGGAGUUCAACGGACCCAUCGGUCAGUUGAUUUUAUUAAUUUUCAAGGAAAUUGUCCCGGUGGUGUACAGUAUUCUCAAGAAUGCAAGAACAAAUCGGCAUCGCUCUUGGGAUUUGUGUGGUGUUCCAACUAUGAAAUCCUUUUUGUCACAAACGAACAACUGGAGUUAUAUCAAGUAUUUCCUGAGAAAAAUACUCUACGCCUAAAUGGUUGUAUACCUCUCAACACGUGCUGGUUUUUAUGGAAUUCUGAGACUAGUGUUUGUCUCACUUCAGAUCUAGAGAACAAACUGCAUAUAUUCCAGCUAAAGACACCCGGUACAAUCACAAAAGGACCAAAGUUUCCAUGUCCUACAUCAAUAGGUGCAAAUGGUGAUGCAGUACCAGUAGAACAGGAGCACAGUUUUUUAACUGUAUUAUAUGAAAAAUUGUACCUUUGUACUCUUCGCUACGUAAAGCUAAACAACGAACAAAGUCUAACCCGAACUGUUUGUUUUUAUACUUUAAAACUAGAAGAUCCUAUUGCGUUGACACACCUUUUAGUUUUGGAUUCCCAAGGCCUUGUAUCAUUUAGUGUAUUGGAUAACCUGUUCAUGGUACACUAUCAGGAACAAAAGGUUACAUCAGUUUUUGAUAUCGCUGUUACUGGAACUUUUUGUAAUAAUGUGAUUCAUCAUGCACCUGUUUUACACGAUAUUUCAAUUGCGCCGUUCAACAUUUUCACUAAAAUUAUUCCCUCAUUAUCAGCAAGCUUGGAUGCGCAAAUUCCUAUCGAUUUAUAUUCAAUGAAUUGGAUUAUUCAUUUGUGUGGUGUCGUCAUUGACAAUAGUCUCGGUUGCUCAUGGCUGCUAUGUUUAAACAAUAGCGUUUUCCCAAAACUAAUUGAUAAUCACAACCUAAUUGUGGAUUUCCUGCUGCAUCGAUCCAAUGGCAAAAGUGUAUUAUUAGAGUAUUGCUCCAAAUUGGUCGUGGACAGUAUCGAAGAGGUUACAUCAAAUGUUGACAAACCUUUGAACUACAAAUUCGAUGGAUGUGGAUUGAAUCAACGACUAGAUCAAUUUGCAUUCGUCUUUAAACGAAUUUGUGAAGUAAGCUAUUGUAGGAAAAAAGUCACGAGUAAAUUGCAGACUUCUUUGGAUCAUAAAAUGUCAAGUACUUUGGAACUGCCAUGCCAUUGUUCUACAAUUAAGACUAUAUCCAAGGGCCAACGCAUGGGUUCACCAACCUUCGACAUCAUUUCUCAACCUGAAAUAUAUUCGCACGUAUUUUUAAAGAACCAAAGUGUAGAGAAACUAGGAAUCCGUAAAUUGUUUCACUCUAUACUGAUUGAAUAUAUUCGUGUAUUUUUGGAGCAUGACAUUUGUGUAGAUCAUUGUUUCUACGAAUUGCUCGUAAAUCUCGUUGCCAGAAUGGGGAAUUAUACACAGCUCAGUUUUUAUAUUCAAAGUCGUCUACUUGCUGAUUCAAAACCUACCGCACUUCAACUACUUUCUCUGGAGAGUGAGUAUCCCCCGGCAGGACAACUUGCUGUUGAUAUGCUAAAGAAGAAAUUGAACUGAUUAACAACUUGUUCCGUCGACAUCGAAUUUGUUUGGUUAUUAUAAACAUUGGUCAUACCAUUGUCGAUACGUUUUUGGUUGCUGAGUUUACGAUUGCUAAUACAUGUUAUGAUCUCUACUGGAAUUCUGAGUUGAGGUGAUAAAAUCGAAUUUCUUCGCCAGUACUGAAUUCAUAUCGCUUUUCGAUUUCCAAGCAUACUUUGUGAUUUCGAACAAUUAAAUUAUUUCAAGCAUUAAAAUUUUUUGUUUUUUCUGUUGAAAUUUUUGUGUUUAUUUUCACUAAUCUGAUCAGAGGUUGAAUACUUGCAACAGUGAAUUGUUCGAUGCAUUAUUAAUAAAAGGACGACCGCUGGAAGCACUGAGAUUUGCUAAGCUGCAUCACUCCGAAAAUUUCAUUGACAUGGAGAAUGUUCGUAAUUACCUGGACGUUACUCAACAAAUCGAUGACUAUAUGGAAUUAUAUUGCACUCACCACUUUCUAAAAGAAAGUUCGUCUGAGUCUUAUUGGAACUCAGAUGAAUGCCGGAAAUAUACCGAACACUUCAGUGAUCUGUUUCCUUCCACUUAGUUUGAACUAAGAUUUCAUGUAAAAUAAAGCAGACAUCCUCCUACUCUUUAUUCGAUGAUCCCUGUGUUAUUGUAUCUUUCUUCUCUUUUCUUUUGUUCCAUUUUUCUAACCAUGCUGCAUCUUGAUUGACUUAAUAAUGUGUGCAUUAUAUUGAAUAUGUGAAUUAAUAGAUAUGUUUCGUUCACUUCAUUAUGCCAUAAUAUAAUUUUUACGGACACAGAAAUACUCUGCCUUUCUUCAACUAAAUUGUUCAUUAUGAAGAACGCUUUCGGAACACUAAAUAAAUUAUCGAUCCAGUUGAUU